UGACUUCAGAACCAACAAAAGACACCCGGACACACGCGACACUCACUCCCCCGUGACGAACUACAUUACAGUGGUGUUGUUGUUGUUUUUUUUAUCUGCCUGUAUUUUCUGGUGGAGCUAAACGAAGGCGGAAGUAGGCUGGAGGGAACCGCUCUCACUUCACCUCAACACGCUCCGGGCGUCUCUUCCGUGUCUCUUCGGUAUGGUCGUGCUGAAAGGAAUCCCCUCCGUGCUGUCACCGGAGCUGCUCUACGCUCUCGCUAAAAUGGGCCACGGGGAUGAACUGGUUCUGGCCGAUGCCAAUUUCCCAGCAUCCUCCGUGUGUGCAUGUGGCCCAAAGGAGAUAAGAGCCGACGGUUUGGGGAUCCCACUACUUUUGGAAGCCAUUUUGAAGCUGUUGCCCCUGGAUACCUAUGUCCCCUCUCCGGCUGCAGUCAUGGAUUUGGUUGACUGUGACAAAGCGAGAUAUUUACCUGUCCCUGUGUGGGAGACCUACACACUGCUCCUGGGUCGGGCCGGGUGUCAGGCUCCUCUUGAGAAGGUGGAAAGGUUUGGUUUCUAUGAACGAGCCAAGAAAGCCUACGCUGUCGUAGCGACAGGGGAAUCAGCUCUUUAUGGCAACUUGAUACUGAAGAAGGGGGUCAUCCCCGCUGAGCUGGACAUAUUAUAAGUAAUGAUGAUCUAAUGAUGAGCUCAGCCACAACUGAUUGAAGGACUGCAAAUAUUUUGUUUUGUUCCGUUUCCAAAAUAAGCUGUCAAAUUAAAUCAUUUAUUAUUGUUAAUGUGGGAUUAUUACCUCAAAUAUGAUAUGAAUAAGUUUCAGUUUACCUGGAGCAGAAAUGGUUUUGUAAUAUUGUAAAUAACUCAAUAAAUGAAACACAAAGUCUUUCAA